CGGGAGGAGGUACUUCAGGGAGGGUCCAGAGAAGCUGGGGAGGAAGGGACCUCCUCAAAGGCUGCUCCUGGGGACGCCCCCUCCCCCAAGCCGCAGGAGGCUCCCAGAUGCACACAGGAGGAAGUGAGAGGUGAACUCAGCCUGGGCUUGGCUGGGCAAGGCCCUCCCCCACCUGCUGUCCUGACUACCCGCAGCCAUGGCUCUGGCCCAGCAGCUGCGAUCGGAGAGCGACUUCGAGCAGCUUCCUGACGACGUGGCCAUCUCAGCCAACAUCGCUGACAUCGAGGAGAAAAGGGGCUUCACCAGCCACUUUGUUUUUGUCAUCGAGGUGAAGACCAAAGGAGGAUCCAAGUACCUCAUCUACCGCCGCUAUCGCCAGUUCUAUGCCCUGCAGAGCAAGCUAGAGGAACGAUUCGGGCCAGAGAGCAAGAGUAGCCCGUUCACCUGCAGCCUGCCCACAUUGCCAGCCAAAGUCUACAUGGGCGUGAAGCAGGAGAUCGCUGAGACUCGGAUCCCGGCCCUCAAUGCCUACAUGAAGACCCUCCUGAGCCUGCCGGUCUGCGUGCUGAUGGACCCCGACGUCAGAAUCUUCUUCUAUCAAUCUGCUUACGACGCCGAGCAGGUGCCCCAAGCACUCCGGAGGCUCCGACCGCGCACGCGCAAAAUUAAGGGCGUGUCUCCGCAAGGCGCCCUCGUGGACCGCAUGGAAGCUCCCAGAGCAGAGGCCCUGUUCGACUUCACUGGGAACAACAAAUUGGAGCUGAGCUUCAAAGCUGGGGAUGUGAUCUUCCUUCUCAGUAGGAUCAACAGAGACUGGCUAGAGGGCACAGCUCAGGGAGCCACGGGCAUCUUCCCAGGGUCCUUUGUGAAGAUCCUCAAGGACUUCCCGGAAGAAGAUGACACCACCAACUGGCUGCGCUGCUACUACUACGAAGAUACAGUCAAAACCAUCAAGGACAUUGCGGUGGAGGAGGAUCUCAACAGCACCCCCAGGUUCAAAGACCUGCUAGAACUCAUGAGGCGUGAGUUCCAGAGAGAGGACAUCACCCUCAAUUACCAGGAUGCCGAGGGGGAUCUGGUUCGGCUGCUGUCCGAUGAGGACGUGGGACUCAUGGUGAGGCAGGCCCAAGGCCUCCCCUCCCAGAAGCGCCUCUUCCCCUGGAAGCUACACAUCACCCAAAAGGACAAUUACAGUGUCUACAACACCAUGCCCUGAGUCACUGGGCUCCCUGUGACAAGGACGAGGUGCUCACAAAAGGUCCCUCUAGGAACACGAGGCCCUUCGGGGAUGCUGGCAUGAGAUGCAAACCUCCUGAGCCACAGGCUGACGUGCCCGCUGGACUAGGAGUCUACUCAUUCUAGAUUCUGACCAUUACCUCUGAAUUAAAUAAAUCCUUCUUGUCUCUAAGGGCCAGAAAUGGAGUCUUGUGGAGAGACAACCAGGGAGUAAAG